AUGCACAUUGAAGUGGCUGGGCAACCCAGACAGCAGCAAGUAGCUCACAAUCCAUCCAGUGUGGUGUGUAAUGAGGACCACAUGGUGGUGACUGUGCAGAGGGAUCUUUAUGGAAAUGGAAAGCUAGUAAAAGCCUCAGAUCUGAGCCUGGGACCUCAAAAGUGCAAGCCGGACUCCUCAAGCUCUGAUGCUACUGUGGUCUUUACAGUUGGCCUGCAGGAUUGUGGAAAUGCCCCCCAGAUGACUGUGGACAUGCUGAUGUACAGCACUUUUCUGACCUACAACCCAUCUCCUGCAAGUAAUCUGCCAAUCACCAGGACCAACUCUGCUGUGAUUCCUAUCAAGUGUUAUUACCCCAGGCAUGACAAUGUAAGCAGUGAGGCCAUACAUCCAACCUGGUUCCCUUUCCGUUCUACUGCAACUUAUGUACAGAAACUAAACUUUUCCAUGCGUUUAAUGAAUGAUGAAUGGACUGGUCCCAGUCUUUCUAUUGUCUUUGACCUGGGAGAACCUCUACAUAUAGAAGCCUCUGUGGACACAGACAACCAUAUUCCCAUGAGAAUACUUGUAGACCGAUGUGUGGCCACAUUGCAGCCUGAUGCUACACAAGGACCUUCUUAUGAAAUCAUUGCUUUCAAUGGGUGUCUGAUCGAUGGCAAGCAAGAAGAUUCAAGCUCUGCUUUCUUAACUCCAAGGAUCCAACAGAAUAAGAUUCAAUUUACAGUUGAUGCUUUCAAGUUCGUUGAUGUAAACUCAUCUAUGAUCUUUAUUACCUGUUUCUUGAAGACUGUAGCAGCUGAUGCUCCUCCUGAUGCCGCAAACAAGGCUUGCUCAUACAGUAAAACAAGCAACAGUUGGUUUGCUGUUGAGGGCCCAAGCAGCAUCUGUAGCUGCUGUGAUCUAGGAAGCUGUGACCAAACCACUUCUGGAUCCCGAAGGCAGAAUUUGGGAGGAGGGUCAAGACGUCCCUGGAAAAGAGAAGCAACUUCUGAUGUUGGACCACUGGAUGGAGAAUGGCCUGCAACACUUGGACCUCUGUACAUUGUGGGAGCAGAUUACAACAAGGCCCUUGAGAUAAAUGGAUCUUCACUGGCAAUGGAAGUCUGGAUGCAAAAACCCGCCCCCUCCGUCUCCAUAACACAGGUGGGCGAAGUUUUCAGUAGCCAAGGAAAGGACUAG